AUGUGACAAAAACAGAAUCAUGGCGGCCUCCGCUGCAGUCCGGUCUGGUGUGGGGCUGACUUUCAGACUUUCUAGAGUCAUGCCGGACUGUAGCACAUGUCCUCUCAACAGAUUAAAGAGCAGUGUGGGCAGCGUGGCUAAUUUACAAAGGAAGGGUUCCUUUGAAAGCUUCCGGACCAUAAAUCGACACUUGCAGACGAGUAUAGGUCUUUACCAGAGUGAGGAGGGGAACUCUAAUGCGGAGGACCCGGAGGAUGUGGUGAAUGUGGUCUAUGUAGAUCGGUCUGGCCAAAGGAUCCCCGUUAAGGCCAAAGUGGGAGAUAAUGUCCUGUAUCUGGCUCACAAACAUGGUAUUGAUCUAGAAGGAGCCUGUGAGGCAUCGCUGGCCUGUUCAACAUGUCAUGUCUAUGUGAAUGCUGCCCAUUUUGACAAACUGCCAGAACCUGAGGAGAGGGAGGAUGACAUGCUGGACAUGGCGCCCAUGCUUCAGGAGAACUCCCGGCUGGGAUGCCAGAUCAUUCUCACUCGAGAGCUUGAUGGCAUUGAGUUGACCUUGCCCAAAGUCACAAGGAACUUCUACGUGGAUGGGCAUACCCCAAAACCUCAUUGAGACGAUGUGCAUGCAAUGAAGAGGGAGACUGACGGAAAUGAGAGGGUGUCUCUACACUGCCCGUUGAGAGAGGGUAGUGCGACCGUGAAGAGAUGCACGGCUAGGAUAGCAAAGUCCGUAGCAACUCCCAAGAUGUCUCGUAGACUGACAAAUUCCACAGUUGGCCAUCGACAGGACGGACCUGCAGAUGAGAACAUGCAGAGUCAGACACCAUUUCAGUGAAGGUGAAAUUAAUGGUUGCUUCCAGACUGUGAUGGUUUAAUUUGACAAUGCAUUUGUUUUUGUGAAGCGUUCUCAGGCCAGCAUUAUGGCACCAGUGAAUCUCACAAACUGUUCUUUUCUAAAACACCUGAUAAUUGAAAAAAAACAUUUCACAUUUGUUUUACAUAUUGCAGAGCAGGUUUCAUCUUUGUGUGACUAAAUAGAACAUUCCUUGUUACAGCUCAUAUACGCACAAGUAUACGCACAAGUAUCACAAGAUGGUUUUCUGAAAUCAAGUCCGUCAUUGCUACCCUGAGUCACUUGUCAGAUAUUGUAUGCAUAGCGUCUACUUUCAUUCAUGUACCAAGUUCAUUUGUAGGUGUUGUGAUGGCUUAUCAGUAAGUAUCCAUUGAUAAUAGUUAGCACAGAGUUGCGAACCUCAAAAGCCAGACACUGAAAAGCAAGCCAUAUAAUGAUGAGUGUUUGAAAGACAAAGUUUACCUGAAACAGUGGGCUCUUAAAUAUAAUAAACCAGCAUUUAGACUUUUGUUUUAUUUAUCAAAAACAUUUCAAUUCAACACAUUUGGCUGAAUUGUUUCUCAUGUGUGAGAUGGGGAAUGCAUUGUAAAGUGCUUCCUCUCAGGUGAUGUGAUUCAGGUGUGCUUUGAGCUCCAUCCAGAGCUGGAUGGAGGUGGAGACCGUACUGAUGCUGGUGGACUUCAGCUUACCAUGAAAUGGGUUUGCUACAUCCCUUUACUUAAGUCUACUGUACUUGUCCAACUUACGCACAAAUAUAAGUGAACUGUGUAUGUUACGUCUUAAAAGUUAUAAGUAUUUAAAGUUGUGCAAUAAAAUCAGUU